UCUCUCAGCUUGAAUAGACUUUCAGUCUUGUACAGCAGGCAGAUCUCGCACCUGUUCGUAUGGACGACAUUAACGUCACUGAACUGUAUGCCUGUCGUUUCCAUCCGCCGUUUUAAUGACUGGACGCAAUAUAUUGGGAUGCAUGAAACAUCUCUGUGACAAACGAAAGCUCUAGAGCCUGACAUUCACUGUCACGUGUUUUCACGAAAGAUUGGUUUACGGUGCCGAAUAAAAGUUUUGUAGCUCUGCAAUGGAGGCACUGGGAUUUUGGUGCUUGAUGUUCCUCGCUUUGUCUUCAGCAGCUUCAAACUCACCUCGAGCACUUCAGGAGGAGAAAAGCGAACAAAACAAAACUCCAGAAGCUGAAAUUGAUGAUCACGGUAAUGUUUUGAUUGAGCUGCUGGCUGAUUAUGACAAAGAGAGAGACGCUGACUGUGGCUGUAAAUGUGUUGUCAGAGUCGUGGGCAGGAGCGCGCGCUCUCCGGAGUCCUACACGGUGCAGACUGUCGCAUCUCGCCACGGCUGCAAGUGCGCAUGCGCAGCAACUCCACAACCAGCGCAGCAGCCCUGCGAGGAAAACGUGAGAGAAAAGAAGCUGCAACAAGCUGCGAGAGAAAAUGACAAGCUCCUGGCAAUAAUAGACUUGCUGGAGAACACUUUCACCAAAACAAAUCUGUUGAAGUUGCUGAAGCUGAAUGCGCUCACUACCGAGCUUCUGGAGCGGGUGGCCAACAUUGAGAGGUUAUUAUUUCAGAACCAGACUACUGAGAAGACUAAGGUAGAGAGUGUGCCAACAGAACCAGAAAAAAGAACAGUCCUACCCACAUCCACACCCCCACCAUGGCAGGAGAAUAAAAAGAAACCGAGUGACAAGAGUAAUGAGGCUGCAGCUUAUCAGCAUACAGAGAGUAAGUAUGAGGAGAAGUUUGUGGGAGGCCAGUUAAAAAGGAGUGGACUUGGACUAGAAGAUGUUAAAGCUUUACAGGAACAAGAGCAUCAUGGGAAGCAACAGCAUCCAAAUUUGAUUGUUAGGGGGAUCACGUACUACAAAUCUGACCCAGUGGAUGAGACAGAGGUAGAGGACAACAUGGGUGAAGAUGAAAGCCACAGUGGUGAUGGCUCUGUAGAUAUCUUUACAGAGGAGGAACUUCUUCCUCUCAGUUCUCCUUCAUUCACAACUUUCACCAGAUCAUGGCCAGUUUCAGCUAAUCUCAAGACUCCAACUCGGGAUAGUACAACACCACAAAGUGUGUCCAAGCCUCAGCUAGAAGAAUCUGACUCUUCUUUGCCUAUCAAGAGGAAUUUUUUUAAUAAUUCAGGGUUUGCACUGGCAAAAACAUUCAAGUCCAGCACAGAAAGCUUCACCAAGCUCGGAGUCUCACAGUCCUCAGCUACCACAGAUAACUUUAGAGCCAUUUGGCCCACAACACACACCACACCUCAAACACUCCCUGGAAUAGAGGAAGAAAAAGAGAAGACCACUUCUCAGAUGAUGCUGAACAUGGAGUCAAAUUCAACUCACUUAAACAUGAAGUCUAAUUUAGCUUCUUCAGAAAUUACUAGAAACAUUAUACCAAACACAGUAGCUGCUGUCAUCAGUCAAUCAGAGGCCACUAUGAAAACUUUAACUGGCCAAACCCACAACACUGAAACCAUUUCCAGAGAGAACGUCAGUCAAGCCAAUUACCAAACCCCGUUGUCAAGUGCAACACCAUCACCAAUGACUCAGAUUCAAACUACUCUUAUUCCAGAAACUUAUUCCACCACAAUUACAGAUGAGGGAAAAUACAUGAAAACCAGUGCUGGGACAACCGCUACUAACACAGACUCUGGCAAUACAGGAACAACUAUCAUUCUGACUACAUCACAUGUAACUGAGGGUGAAAGUGAUUCCAGCACAACUGCAUCAGUGACCACAAAUGGGCUAGCCAGUAGUACCACUACAACUGUUACUACUGGCAAACUCAACAAACGCAACACACACCGCAUUAGUUUGGCUAAAAAACUGCAAGAACCAAAACGAAAGAUCACUGUGGAGGAUAAGGAGGAGAAACCUCAAAAGCAGCCAGAAGAAUGCAAGGACACACUGGCCACAAUUGCAGAACCCAUUGCACACAACAAAUAUGGCCGUAAUGAAGGUGCCUGGAUGAAAGACCCAAUGGCUCAUGACAACAAGAUUUAUGUUGCUAAUUAUUUUUAUGGCCACAAGCUGCUGGAGUUUCAGAACAUGGAUGUUUUUAAACAAGGUCGUUUCACCAACUUGUAUAAGCUGCCCUAUAGCUGGCUGGGCACAGGCCAUGCAGUCUAUGAUGGUGCCUUCUUCUUCAACCGAGCUUUCUCACGUGACAUCAUCAAGUUUGACCUCCGGCAGCAACGUGUGGCUGCUUGGACCAUGUUGCAUGAUGCUGCACUGAGUGGUGAUGUUUCAUCAUGGCGAUGGAGAGGACGCUCAGAUGUGGAACUGGCUGUGGAUGAAAGUGGCCUCUGGGUGAUCUACGCUGCACUGGAUGAUGAGGGCUACCUACAGGAAGUGAUGGUGCUGAGCCGUCUGAACCCAGAUGACCUGAGCACACAGCGAGAAACCACAUGGAGGACAGGGCUGAGGCGUGAACGCUAUGGCAACUGUUUUAUUGUGUGUGGUGUCCUCUAUGCUACCGAGCACCAUGGAGAACAACAGGAGAACAAUCUGAGCUAUGCCUUUGAUACACAUACCAAUACACAAAUGACCCCACGGCUCCCUUUUGGCAAUAACUCCACUUACAUUGCGCAGAUUGACUAUAACCCCAAAGAAAGGGCACUGUACACCUGGAACAAUGGCCACCAGAUCACUUAUGAUGUUGAAUUUGCAUAUGUAGACCCAUUUUAGAAAGGAACAGCAGACCAUUCUAAAGUGUAUUAUACAAAAUUUGGGGAAAUAGAUGAUACAAUAUGUGUAUGAAAUGUGGACUGUAGAGCAGUCCACUUAGUAUUUUUGUGAUAUAUUGUCCCUCAUAUUUCUCAUAAUGCUGAUGUUUGUACUAGUUAUCUGCAGUCAACUCAAAUUAUUGCCAGCUUUAUAAGUAAAAUUGAGUACUGUAUUCCCCCCAACACACACACACACACACACACACACACACACACACACACACUUUUUCCAUUGCAAAAACCUGAUUUUAAUAUCAUCAUCACGUUUCAAAUAAUAUUUUAUGAAAUGUAGAGGAGAGGAUCUUGCAUCACUCCUCCAUAAAGAACAUUUCAAAUUAUACGUGCAUGUGGAUUUCCCUCUUCAGACACUGGUUUUCUACAGGAGUUUAAAACUUGGAUUUAUGUAUUGGUGUAUUUGGCUCAUCAUCUUGUUAGAAACUCUGUCUAUGGCUCUGUCUUGGCUUUCUGGCAGAGGCAAUCUGGUUUAAGCUGAAUAUAUAGUGGCAUCAAUGUUCACAAGAACUACCAGCCACAACACAGCCUCAAAGCAUCACUUAUCCACCCCAUGUUUGUAAUUCCCAAUGGGGUUCAUGACCCAAGUUUGACCACACACACUUCCAUUUGUAGUUCCUGAGGGCUUAUGAGUUGAAUGCAACUUUUUCAAACUGCAGUAUUGUUGAGAAAGUCUUUGAAACGACCACAGAAAUCUGUGCUAAACUGUGCAGUUCCAUGCAAUACUGAACUAUUGGGUGCUUUACUUUCCUCACUUCACUGUGGGGAGGGGGAAAAUAAAUAAAUAAAUAAA